AUGGCAGAGCAGCAGCAAGCGCUUCCCUCCUUCUUCUGCCCCAUCAGCAUGCAGUUGAUGACCGACCCUGUCAACACCUGCGACGGCCACACGUACGAGAGAUCCUUCAUCGAGACCUGGCUCCAGCAGCAUCGCACAAGCCCCCUCACCGGCUCCCGCCUCCCCCGCAGGGACCUCGUUCCCAACCUCGCUCUUCGCAACGCCAUCCAAGAGUGG